CUUUAGUUGUUAGGUCACGUUUAUGUCAAGUGAAGGUGAAACACAUGUGCUAGUGCUAGUGCUAGAGAAGAAAGAAACAUGGCAGGAAAAACAGUGAUAAAAAAUAUUUUUGAGGUAGCUUGUAAGACAUUGAGGGGACAAACGGUUGAAUUAAGUCAGUAUAAAGGAAAAGUAGUUCUGGUGGAGAAUGUAGCAUCCCUCUGAGGUACGACUACACGGGAUUACACCCAGAUGAACGAGUUGGUCGCGAAAUUCGCUGAUAAACUUGUUAUCCUGGGCUUCCCGUGUAACCAGUUUGGACACCAGGAGAAUGCAAAUGGAGAAGAAAUCUAUAAUUCUUUGAAGCAUGUACGACCUGGGAACAUGUACGAACCCAAGUUCUCUAUCAUGGAGAAAUGUAUAGUGAAUGGUAAAGACUCACACCCAUUAUUCCAGUUCCUGCGGGAGUCAUUGCCAGCACCUAGUGAUGACUCAUCGUCAUUUAUCUCCAACAAACAUUUUAUAAUUUGGGAGCCAGUAACUAGAACUGACAUUGCUUGGAAUUUUGAGAAGUUUUUGAUCCGUCCAGAUGGUGUACCAUACAAGAGAUAUAGUCGACACUUUGAGACCAUUAAUAUACAAGAUGAUAUUAAAGAUCUGAUUGAAAAAUACAAACUUUAAUAAUCGUGCCAAGAAUACUGA